AUGUCUCCGGCGAUACAAAGGCAGGCGGCGAGCUCGGGCUCGGGAUCGGACACGGAUCCGCGGUACGCGAAUGUGGACGAGAGGAAGAGGAAGAGGAUGAUCUCGAACAGGGAGUCGGCGAGGCGGUCGAGGAUGAGGAAGCAGAAGCAGGUGGAGGAUCUGGUGAAAGAGACGACCCAGCUGCAGAAGGAGAACGCCCAGCUCGGGCAGCAGAUCGAGGUCAGCGGGCUGAGGUUCAGGGAGAUCGAUUCGGCCAACAACAUCAUGAGAGCUCAGGCGAUGGAGCUGACGGAUCGGCUCCGGUCGUUGAAUUCGGUGCUGGAGGUCGUCGAGGCCGUCAGCGGGUUCGCCGUGGAUAUUCCCGAGAUACCUGACUGUAUGCUGGAGCCGUGGAAGCUUCCCUGCCCGACGAUGCAGCUUCCCAUCAUCGCAUCCGCCGCCGCCGGCGACGCGUUGAAGUAUUGA